AUGUCAGUGGUCACACUUUACUUGCACUCAUACUACACCUAACUCUCUCUCUGUCUCUCUCCCUCUGAAUUUGUGUGAUAUAUUUGCCUUCCAUUUCUAUUUUCUUCUGCUUGUUUCUUGCACCACCGUCGAGAAUCUCUCAGUUUCCUGAAAUUUGUUCAUUAUUCUGAAGAAACCCAACCUGGAUCGUCCCUUUCCGCUUGUCUUCUUCUCCGUUUUCACAAUAAACCCCCUCUGUUCUUCCUCUGUUCUUCCUCUGUUCUUCAAUCCUCUACGUUUUGUUCUGGUUUGUGGGGGUUUUCUUUUUCUGGGUUAUGGAAGUUUGCUGCAAUCUUGAAGUGGAUGUAAAUGGCGAGCAGAUCUUUCUCGUCGAUAAGAAAACUGUAGCAUCAUACUGUGGCAAGUUGAGCACGUUAUUUGGUAGAUCAAAGGGUAGUUUAAGAAAUUUGAAGGUGAUAUUCCAGGGCUUUCCUGGUGGGGCUGAGGGAUUUGAGUUAAUGUUGAAGUUCUGCUACAACAAUGGGAAUCUGGAAAUGAGUCCUUCGAAUGUCCCUCUUUUGUAUUCUGUAGCAGAAUUCAUGGAGAUGAACAGUGAAAUCUCAGGAACCCAGAAUUUACAGGAACAAAUUGAGAAAUUCCUUGAAGAUAUCAGCGAUUGGACUUGGUCUGAGCUUUUGAAUGCUUUAAAACGAUGUCAAGAUUUGUGUAAUACCCCUUUAGUUGUGGUUGAUAAAUGCUUGGAUUGUCUUGUUGGAAGGCUGAAUUUAGCUGUGGAAGCAAGUUCUUGUCCUUCUACCUCCUCGCCUGAUAGCUGGGCCUUGCGGGUUUCUUGUGAUACUAAAAGUUCUGAGAGUUUAAAGACAGGAUUCUCUAAUGGGUUAUGGUGGUUUGAUGAACUGCUAGUUUUGACUCCUGAUUUUGUUAAAAUGAUAGUGCAGUUCAUGCUCAAACGAAGUUUUGAUGAAGUUGUUGUUAGUAAGUUUCUUAUAUAUUACCAGAAAUCGAAGUUCUCAACCGCGACGAGAGACGAAAAACGAAAGAUCGUUGAGGUUGUGAUCGAGACGCUUUUUGUUCUUGAGCAAAAUUCCAUUUCCUGCAAGAGUCUAUUCAGCAUUCUACGAGUUGGGUUAGGUUUGAACAUUGAUAAAUGUAUCCGAAACAAGUUAGAGAAGAUGAUCGGAGCGCGGUUGGAUCGAGGGUCGUUAGAUAAUUUACUACUUCCAUCGCCAUCCGGGAUGAAUUAUCUAUAUGAUGUGAACCUUGUUCUAAGAUUUGUGAAAGCCUUUUUGCAUGAAAAAACCAGUAGAACAUGUCCAAUGGCAUUAAGAAGAGUAGCUAGAUUAAUGGAUUUGUACAUGGCAGAAGUAGCUCCUGAUCCUUGUUUAAAGCCCUCAAAGUUUCUAUCUCUUGCGAAAGCGCUUCCGGAGUAUGCUCGAAGCUCCCACGACGAUAUGUACCGUGCCAUGGAUAUGUACAUAGAGGUUCAUACGGAAAUGACAGAAGAAGAGAAGGUGAAAAUUUGUUGUGCAUUGAACUAUGAGAAGCUGUCAGUGGAAACAUUCUUAAAUCUUUCGAAGAACACAAGAUUUCCAUCCAUGUCUUCCUUACAAGCUCUUGUUUCAGAGCAAGUCACGCUCAAAAGCUUACUUCAAACUGCUAAAAACUCUAAAUCCAUCACUCAUGAAUGUGGAGGCAAGAGUACUGAUAGAGCUGAAACGGGCGACCGAGUCGUUCUCUAUGCCGAAAAGCUUGAUUUUCCGGACGACGAUGAGAAGUUGAAAGCACAUAUUGAAGGAAUUCAAUGGAGGGUGAUGGAAUUGGAGCGAGUUUGUACAAAACUUGAAGCUCAAAUGGGAAAAGUGAUGAAAUCUAGAGUGACAAGUAGUCAUAGUGAGCUGAAAUCUUUGCCGUGGCUUUGUUCAUAGUUUGGUUUGUUAAUUUGAGUACUGUUGAUGGUGAUUAGGCGCUGUUUUUUCCAUUGUAGAUUCAAAUAUUGAGCUGUGUACAGUGCUAGAAGAUUGGAAAAACAAAAAGAAGAAAGCUUUUUUUUUCU